AUGGUCAACUAUUCGAAACAUUUUGUUCUUUUUUCUAUUCUUAUACUAAUUCUUGUACAUCUAUCGAUAGUGGAAUCUGUUCCUACAGAAAAUGGAUUCUGGACCAAUGUAUAUUUUGUGAUAACUGCCAGCGAUUCAUUCUUCGGAGGAUGA